AUGGCCGAGGUUCGCAGUUUUACUGCUCGACCUUUGUCGAAACAAACGGCAAGGAAGGAUUUGAAAGAUGCAUUUCGAAUCUAUCUUAAUUCUGCAUCGCUAGCUGCUUUGAGGCUUCAAACCGAGAGUAUCUGCAUCUUAAGGCAAGCGGAUGGGCCACCGAAGACUGCCAUAGCAUGGUAUGCAGCAGAAAAUAUUCAAAAUACUGUCAUGCAAACAUCAAGGACUCUGCAAGAUUGCUACGGUAUCAAAGUUGGAGAAAAAGUUUCUAUCACCAAGGUCGAUGGCUCCCUGGAGGAUAUCGAACUGGUGACAUUAGAGGAUUCUUCCGAUGCCGACAAGAUUGACAAGUACGGUGCCAUCUCGGACACCGAUAGACCUCACUGGGAAUGGGCCUUGGAUGAAAAGCUUCUCAGAUGCGGCUCUCUGGCUACGGGACUGACAUUUGAACUGGAGCUCAAGGGUCAACCCAGGAGUUUCCGAGUGGUUAACAUCCGCUCUAAAAAUCCCAACUCUAGCCACACACUGUUUCAGUUCACAGAUACUUCCAGGAUCUCCCUUGGAGCAGAAACGGGUGUGUCUAUGGCAAAAACGUUCUCUGAUCUCCAAGUCCAGUCCGUUGGCCUUGGAGGUUUAUCCCGCCAGAUUGAGGACAUUAAUGAGAGCCUAUCCGAUUUCAAUAUCGAUCCGCGGAAACCGGAGAUGCCAUCAUUCUACGAGAACAACCGAGGUAUCCUACUCUAUGGACCGAAAGGCACCGGCAAAACAAGUCUUUUGGAACAGAUCGAGAAGGCUGGCUGGAGACAAGUCUUCAGAAUUGGCACCUCUUCUUUGGGAAGAAGUACCAGCGAAGGCGAGGGCAAGCUGCGCAAUCUCUUCCAGGAGGCAGCUCGCUCUAAACCCAGUGUGAUAAUCAUCGACCAGCUGGAAUUCAUUGCCCCAAAGCGAACCUCGUUCGAAUCCCAGUCUCUUGCAUCUGUCUUGUGUGAAAAUUUGGAUGCGCUCCGAGGUACAUCAACACUAGUGGUAGCUGCAACCCGACACCCCAACCAGGUCGAUGAUGCCCUCAGAACUCCCCAGCGACUUGGGACGGAAAUUGAACUGCAAGUUCCAACCGCACAGGACCGAGCCGAAAUUUUACGAGCCAUUCGUGGGCCAGUUUCUGCUGGCUUGACCGAUGAACUUGUGGAGCUCUUGGCCGAAAAGACACACGGAUAUGUAGGAGCCGACCUUUUCGCCCUCCUGCAACUAGUGUGUCGCAAAGCUCGACAGCGUCAACUGAUGGAGAAGAGCUCCCUCGUGACAUCCGCCAACUCCACAAUUGAGCCCUAUAGCUCACACCUUGAUGGUGAUAACGAAGGUGACAUGGCUAUCCCGCUGGUGAUCCAAGAGCCAGAUAUCAUGUCCUCUCUGCAAGAGAUUCGUCCUACUGCCAUGCGGGAGGUUUUCCUAGAGACACCCAAGGUCAGAUGGUCGGAUAUUGGUGGACAGCAUGAGAUCAAAAGACGUCUUCAACAAGCAGUCGAGCGACCUUUGAAGUAUCCUCAACGGAUGCGCAGACUCAAUGUCAAUAGCAAAAAGGGUGUUCUCCUCUACGGACCACCUGGAUGUUCAAAGACAUUGACGGUCAAGGCACUGGCUACCGAAGCUGGGUUGAACUUUUUGGCAGUCAAGGGCGCCGAGAUCCUCAGCAUGUAUGUUGGAGAAUCCGAGCGGUCAUUGCGAGAGAUUUUCCGAAAAGCUCGGGCCGCAAGGCCUAGCAUCAUAUUUUUCGAUGAGAUUGAUGCUAUUGCUGCACGACGUGGCAGCUCCCAAGGAGGUGUGAAUGUUUUGACGACUUUGCUGAACGAAAUGGACGGCAUUGAAGAGCUCCGAAACGUACUGGUCAUUGCGGCCACCAACAAGCCCGAUGUUCUAGACCCGGCUUUGAUGCGUCCUGGAAGAUUGGAUAACAUCCUCUAUAUCGGUCCGCCGGAUGUUGAAGCGCGCAAGGAAAUCCUACGCAUCUGGGCCAGCAAGUCCGUGGUGAAUCCGGAGGUUGACUUGGAUGACCUGGCAGUUUUGACUGAGGGAUAUUCAGGCGCAGAGAUAGUCAGCAUCUGUGAAACUGCCGGAGAUGCUGCACUCGAUGAAGAAGAGGAGAUUCAGCAGGAACUAGAUGUGAAGUGGAAGCACUUUGAAUAUGCCCUGGGACAAGUGAGGCGCCAAAUUACGGAUGCUGUCAUCAAAGAGUAUGAACAGUGGAGGGAUGGCUAA